AUGGCACCUGAAACCAAUCGCCAUCCACGCGCCGAUCACGUCGUGCUGUUCCCCUUCAUGGCGCAGGGCCACCUCUCGCCGUUCCGCUGCCUCGCCGCCCUCGUUCGACGCUGCCGCCCCGACGCCCGCAUCACCGUCGUCGCCACCUCCGGCACUGCCGACUCCCUCCGCGCCCAACUCGACGACGAAUGCAUCUCCGUCCAUGCCCUCCCUUUCCGCCCCGCCGAUGCCUCCCAUCAGCUCAUCGACCUCUUCCUCGCCUCGGAGUCGCUCCGCCCAGCGUUCCACCAGUUCAUCGUCGGUCUCAGACGCUCCGACCCCCAGACUGACGUGCACGUCGUGGCGGACAUGUUCGUGGCAUGUACGUCGGACGUAGCCCGCGGCGACCCCGGCGUCACGCACUCCGUCCUGCUCACCACCGGUGGCUACGGCUCCGCGCUCUACUUCUCGCUCUGGAACAGCGUCCCGCUUGUCCCCAACGACGACGAUGACGAGUCCUUCCGGCUGCCGAGCUUCCCGGACAUGAGCGUCCACCGUUCGCAGCUCACGGACCACCUCGCGGCGGCCGACGGCGGCGACGCGUGGUCCACCUUCAUCCGCAGGCAGAUCGCCGCCUUCUCCCGCGCCGACGCGCUGCUCGUCAACACCGCCGAGAAGCUGGAGCCCAAGGGAUUAAGCAUGCUCCGGCAAUGGCUCGACAAGGUCCCUAUAUUCCCGGUCGGGCCGCUGCUUCGGGCAGCAAGUUGGGCAUCGCCAGAGAAGACGACAACGAAUAGCCCCAUCUUGGCGUGGCUCGACAAGCAACGGCCAGGCUCGGUUCUGUACGUGUCGUUCGGGUCGCUGUACACGAUCUCCGCGUCGCAGGCGACGGAGCUGGCAAUGGGGCUCGAGAAGAGCGGGCACAAGUUCCUGUGGGUGGUCCAGCCCGCCGCCGACGUGAACGCCAGCGAGUCGCCGUCGUCGGGCCUUCCGUACGGGUUCGCGGAGAGGAUGGAGUCGGCCGGUCGCGGGCUGGUGGCGCGGUGCUGGGCGCCACAGGUGGAGGUUCUGGCGCACCCGGCCACGGGCGCCUUCCUGACGCACUGCGGGUGGAACUCGGCGCAGGAGAGCCUCGCCGCGGGCGUGCCGAUGGUCGGGUGGCCGCUCUCGGCGGAGCAGUUCUACAACGCCAAGGUGCUGGCGGAGGAGAUGGGGGUGUGCGUCGAGCUCGCGCGCGGCGCGUCGGCGGCCGUGACGAGGGACGAGGUGGCGGGGGCGGUGGAGAGGGUGCUCGGCGAGACGUCCAGAGUGCGCGCCGCGAUGAGGAGGAAGGCCGCGGAGAUGAAGGAGGUGAGAGACGCGGCGAGGGACGGCGACGGCGAGGAGUCGUCGGUGGGAGUGACGCGGAUGUUCUUGGACGCGAUGGCGCGUACGUCGUCGUGCUCGAUCUAG